CUGUAUGAGCAUGAAGGACCACCCCCAGUCCAAAGUCUGACUUCUUUUACUCUCUCCACCCAGUACGGACAGGCUCUCAUUGCUGUUCAUUCAGCUACAGUUCCCCAGCAGACCGUAGGCCUACUGCUUUAAAGUAUGGAAAAUAUCACUGACUAUCUUGUUAAGUACAAAGACUACACUUUUGCAAAAGGAGUCACCACGGCAGAAUACAUAGACUCACUUCAAAACUUUGAGAUCCGAGACAGUGAUGUCUUCCUCGUUACCUACCCCAAGUCAGGCACAGUCUGGACACAACAAAUUGUGACUCUGAUCUGCGAGUCUGACUUCAGCGACCCCAACCUUUACCCCAACAUUUGGCUGGAGUAUCGCGAAGGCCGGCCGGACUACUCUCUGCGGCCCUCCCCCCGACUCUUCGCCUCGCACCUCACCCCGGCACUGAUGCCCCCUGGCCUUAAGGACAAGAGGGCAAAGGUUAUCUAUGUCCUGAGGAACCCAAAGGACAAUGUGGUGUCCUACUACCACUUCUGCUGUGCAUGGACCACUCUGGAGACCCCCAGCAGCUUUGAAGCAUUUCUGCAGCAGUACCUUGCAGGAAUAGUUGGGGCUGGAUCCUGGUUCGACCAUGUACAAACCUGGCACAUGCACAGAGAGCAAUACAACAUCUUGUUUCUGAACUACGAAGAUAUGAUAAUGGACCUUCACUCGGCUGUGCGAAAAAUCUGUCACUUCCUGGGAAGAGACCUGGACGAAGCAGGCAUUAACAAGGUCGUGGAAAAAUCCACCUUCAAGACCAUGAAGACGGAUCCAAAGGCCAAUUAUGAAUUCGUACCAGAAAACAUCCUUGACAGAACAAAAAGUCGUUUCUUGCGGAAAGGGACUAUUGGUGACUGGAAGAACACCUUCACCGUGGCCCAGAGUGAGAUGUUUGAUCAAGUCUUCCGUGAGAGAAUGAAGGACCUGCCAUUGAACUUCAUUUGGGAGAUGAAUUAAAAAGCCUAGGUCAAGUGAAGUCUAUUUAAGGGCAAGGUAUCUGGCUAUUCUUAAC